UCGCGGGCUGUGGGCUGAGGUGUGGUGGCGCUGCUGAUUUGCUCCGAGGUGGCGCGGCUUUCAGGGCUCUGGGCGUGUCUUGCAGCUUCUCGCUCGCCGGAGAAGAAUCUUCAAGAGCCUUGGCUACAAUCGACUUGUCUUGCAGAUAGGCAGAGGAAAGGUGGUACCUGAAGCAUUCCGGACUGGGUCGUUUACUCUGGACGUUUACAGGUACAAGGAUUCUCUGAAAGAAGACCUUCAGGAAGCGGAUCUAGUUAUUAGUCACGCAGGUGCAGGAAGCUGUUUGGAGACUUUGGAAAAUAGAAAACCACUUGUGGUCGUUAUAAAUGAAAAGCUAAUGAACAAUCAUCAGCUAGAAUUGGCAAAGCAGCUGUACAAAGACGGACAUCUCUUUUACUGUACCUGCAGCACGCUUCCUGGACUGUUACAGUCAAUGGACUUAUCAACACUGAAAUGUUUUCCUCCUGGCCAGCCAGAAAAAUUUUCUGCAUUUUUGGAUAAAGUUGUUGGAUUAAAAAAAUAAACAGUAAAUUCUCAUCAUUUUAAAAACACACUUGAAAUGUAGUCCAUUUGGAAUGUUUUAAAUCAAAUUGAACGUAACAUAUGAUUGAAGAAUAAUACGAAUUAGUAAAGUUUUUUAGUCUGUAGGGUGUAUCUAAAAUUAGGUGGCAUGAAUAUUGAUACUGAAUGCAAAUCUUAACUGCAACUUAGUAAAUUUAUUAGACUUAAAAAUUCUCAUGUUAAUAAUGUGGGAUGUCCAUUAUAGGUUUUUUCCCCUAGAAUCCCAAAUGGAAUCAUGGAGAAGCCCAAUUAAUUUGGAAAACUUUGACAUCAGCCCCAGUUUUAGGUAGUUUGAUCCUUAAGUAAGCUAUAACAAAUUUGUAAAAAUUAUUUGAAUCAGAUUGUUUGCUUCAUAAUCCAAAUUUUAGAGAAAGACCAGAACAUUAAUGUGUGUUCUGUAUAGUAAAGUUUAAUAAUUUCUAUAAAAAUUAAAAAGUUUAACCAUCAAAUCACUUGAUCUAUUGUACCUAAAGA